AUGUAUAUAUUUGAGACUAACCACUGUAUAAAUGUUAUAAAUCUAUCAAAACAACAACAAUAUCUCGUCCGAUGGUAUUGUCAUCCGGGUAUCACUGGUAGUGUUGGUAGUGGUGGUAGUGGUGGCCAUAGAUAUAAGUCAUAUAAGACCAGCUAUAGCUACACAUUUGAACCAUCAGUGGACAGGUAUUCGGGCCAAACAAUUGGCCAAUUGAUUGGCAACUGUGCCCGCGAUUCCGGGGACAAGUUGGCCGUAGUAUCUGUUCAACAAAAUAUACGGAAAACUUAUGGACAACUUAAUGCUGAUGCCAAUAAACUGGGUAUAGGCCUGAAAAAGUUAGGCUGCAAAAAAGGUGAUCGGGUGGGCAUAUGGGCGCCCAAUUGCUAUGAAUGGUUGGUCACCCAGUAUGCCACUGCCAAAAUCGGUGCCAUUAUGGUAUCGGUUAAUCCGGGCUACAAAUCCAAUGAACUAUUAUAUGCCCUGAAUCUGGUCGGUUGUCAUACAUUGAUUACGUAUCAAAAGUUUCGUACGACCAACUAUUGCGAAAUAUUGGACAGCAUAUCCAGCCAACUAUUAUUACAUAGUAGUAGUAGUAGUAGUGGCCGUCCUAUUGAAUGCAAAAAGAUUCCCAGUUUGAAAAACAUAAUAGUAAUCAACAGUCCGGGCAACGAGCCGGAGAUAGCACCGGCCAGUGUUACCCGUUUCGAUGAUUUGCUGGCCGAUGCCGUUACCAUUGCCGACAACAGUAGCCUCAAACUGGACUCAGUCGACGACGAUCCGGGGGCUGGCAUACAGUUUGACGAUCCGAUUAACAUACAGUUUACGUCGGGUACUACCGGCCAUCCGAAAGGUGCUACACUAACCCAUUAUAAUAUACUAGAAAAUUGCUACUUUACCAGCAAACGGCUACUAUCGGGACUACAGGACAUUAACCGAUCCAAUCUAAACAUAUGUAUACCCAAUCCGCUGUAUCAUUGUUUCGGAUCGGUAACCGGAUCCAUACUAUGCGCCCAACAACGGGCAUCGGUGAUCAUGCCGGCACCGGUAGUUAAUCCACAGAAAACAUUGGAGGCCAUUGAAAAUUAUAAGUGCCAAGUAGUCUAUGGUACGCCUACAAUGUAUAUCGAUAUACUAAACUCGGAGCCACAUAAAUACGAUACCAGUUCACUAAAAAUAGCAAUCAUGUCGGGUGCUCCCUGUCCACCGGCACUGGUCAGUAAAGUUAUGAAAACAAUACCCGGCUGUCAGAUACUGAUACCGUACGGCACUACCGAAACCAGUCCAGUCAUUAGUCAUACACAUAUCAAUGAUUCGCCGAAACAUCGGCUAGAAUCAGUUGGCCGACCAAUCGAUCAUUUGGAAAUCAAAAUUAUCGAUACGGCUACCGGUGCCCUGCAGCCAAUUGGUGUCAACGGGGAAAUAUGUGUGCGCGGUCACUGUACGUUCCCCGGCUAUUGGUCACAACCGGACAAAACUGCCGAAGUUAUCGACAGGAAUCGAUGGUAUCAUAUGGGGGAUAUCGGUUAUAUGGACGACAAGGGCUACCUGUUUAUCAAUGGACGCAUCAAAGACAUGAUUAUUAGAGGCGGCGAAAACAUUUAUCCCAAAGAGAUUGAAGAUUUUCUGAUGACCAACCAGUCAAUAGACGACGCACAUGUUGUUGGUAUACCUCAUGAAAGAUAUGGCGAAGAUAUGGUCGCUUAUAUAAAAUUGAAACAUAACUGUUCAUUAUUAGACUCUAACAGUGUUAAAGAGUACUGUAAAGGAAAGAUUACACACUUUAAGAUACCGCAGACCAUUGAAUUUGUAGACGACUUUCCCCGUACUGUCACCGGAAAAGUACAAAAGUUUCGGCUAAGAGAGAUGGCUAUCAAAAAAUACAUUAACACUAAAUAAUAGACAACACACACACACAUACCCGA